AUGGCAGUUCAAAAAAUGAACGCUUCUCGUAGGAUAUCUCCAGCAAUUGAGAAUCUUAGAGAUCAGUCCAAGGUUGAAGAGUACUGCAUUGCUCUUCAAAAUCGUUUUAGCUGCCUACCAAUGGAGGAGAAUCUUGAUGGAGAAUGGACAUUAGUUAAGGAUACUAUUAAAGAAGUGUCUAUGGAGGUAUUGGGUGAGCGCCCCCGGCGCAGAAAGCAGCAGCAUUUGUCUCAGGAGACAAAAAGCCUUAUUGCAGAACGCAGUAAGAUUAAACAGAUGGCGCCUAGUGACAACAACAAUAGGAGCGAGUAUUCUCGGGCCAAUAAACUUGUCAAAAAGAGCUGCAGGAAAGACGACGAGAAUUGGGCUCUUAGAGUUGCAGCAGAUCUGGAAACAGCUGCUGUCCAUGGCCGGCAAAGGGAAGUCUGGCAACGGAUAAAAACACUGUCCGAUUGUUUUAUUUCUACGCACACGCUACAACAAAUGGCGACGAGGACAAAAGAGCCACUAACCGUCACAUGCUGUCAAAAAAGCUGGUUUGAAAGAUACGAGUUUGAGUUAUUGGCGGGAGGACUGGCAGCAGAGGUCCCAGAGUUAGCUAAUGACGGUUCUAACCGUGAGGCUAGAAACAUGGCUAUAAAGAAGAAUUUAGCAGGCUUUAUUGCAAGGACAGAUGAGAACAUUUACAAGCUGUUGAAGUCACUGACCGUAAAAAAGAUGGAAGACUGCAGUUACGAGGAGUGUAAGAAACUCAUUUUAGAUCACUUGGCCCCGGCACCAACAAAGUUUGCCCAAAGAUACAAACUGAGAAGCUGUGUGCAGGAGGGCGAAGAAUCCACAGCAACCUAUGUUUCAAGACUAAGAACAAUCGCAAAUGAAUGUGAUUUUGCCAACUACAACGAGGCUAUACUGGAUCAGCUGCUCGCUGGACUGAGGAAUCAAAAGGUUGUUUCCGAGUUGUUAACUAAGGAUGACUUAACACUGGCAACCGCGGUGAAGGAAGCUUUAAGUCGUGAGCAAGCAAACAGGGAGGCUCAAUUCAUGAAUAGUACGCUAUCACCGGGAGAGUCAUCGAGAUCAGUGAACUUUGUGAAACCAACAUUCAAAAGAACAAUGAAAAACCUCUAUGGGAAGAAGGGGGAAAGUUCAGGUGGUUCGGGUGGAAAGCAGAAAAGUGGAAUGCAAAAGGGACUUAAAUGUAGACGGUGCGGACUUCGUGGACAUAUUGGUGAAAAUUGUCAAGUCCGGUGUCAUAUCUGCAAACGUAUUGGACACAUCUCCAAGAAUUGCAAGCAAAACAGCAUUGUUCACAACAUUGAACAAGGAGAGUCGAGUUCGGAGAGUUAUGAGUUCGGUAUGGAUGAGAAUUGUGAAAAUGUCUUGGACAAUGAGCUUUACCCCGAGUAUGAUCAUGACAAUGAGUGUAAUUCAGUUGAGAUUGAAAAAGUUAAUGUAGAGUUGAACGGUGAAAAAGCUCAUGGAAUGCAGCUCUAUGUAGCAGAGGACUUCCCCAAUUUGUUUGGAAGACCGUGGAUUGUAAAGUUCUGUGGACAGAAUUGGCUAGAGAAGCUGCUCAGCACAAAGUUAGUACAUAAUUUAGCCCCAGACAAAUCCCAGCAGGUGUCAGUGAGCUGUGAAAGCUGCUCUGGGAGUGGUGUCGAUAAGGGUGACAUGCUAACCGAUGGUGCGACCGUGAAAAACAGGUGGAAAUGUGAAAACACCUGUACUCGGGUUGAUCAAUGUCGUAGUAUCGCUCAGUUAAAACAGAGCGAGGUGUUUAAAUCGGGUUUAGGACUAGUUAAGGGUGUACAGGCAAGUUUGGUCCUGAAGGACAACUCCAAACCUAUUAUGAUGAAAGCCCGUAGUCUACCCUAUGCCUUGAGAAACAAGGUUGAAAGUGAGUUAAAUGAUAUGGUUGAAGCGAAGAUUCUAACCAAAGUCGAAGACAGUCCAUGGGGGACACCCAUAGUGCCUGUGAAGAAGGAUGGAGGGCAGUCAGUGCGCAUUUGUGGGGAUUAUAAAUCGACCCUGAACAAAUGUAUCAGCACCCGACAAUACCCUCUACCUACCGUGGAGGAAUGUCUGAAUGCUGUGCAGGGGAGACAAACGUUCUCUAAGAUUGACAUCAAAAAGGCUUAUAAUAACCUGUUGAUAAGAAAUGAGGACCGUGUCUUGACCACCCUGAAUACGCACAAAGGGUUGUAUCAAUGGAAUCGCUUGCCGUAUGGCAUCAGCAGUGCAUCGGCUAUAUUCCAGUCAUGUAUGGAUGACACUCUGUGGGGUGUGCCUAUGACGUGCUGCAGAAUUGACGAUAUAUUAGUUUCUGGUCGAAAUGAGAGUGACCAUCUGAUCAACCUCAAUAAUGUCAUAAGUAGGUUGGAGCAGCGAGGUUUUAAAUGUAAAACCGAAAAAACUUCUUUCAUGCAAAAAGAAGUUGUCUAUCUGGGUCAUGUGGUGUCUGCUGAAGGGAUCAAACCCGUGAAAAGCAAGGUCGAGAGUAUGCUGAUGGCUCCAGAACCUAGGAAUGUGGACGAACUAAUUAGUUUUUUGGGGGCUGUGAAUUAUUACAGGCGCUAUUUGCCCAACUUGUCGUCUGUGAUUGCUCCAAUUGAAAGGCUGAGAGCUAAGAAUGUAAAGUGGGUGUGGACAAAUACCGAAAAGACAGCGUUUAAAAUAUUGAAAAAUCUGCUGGCUUCUAACCGUGUAUUGACCUUUUACAAUCCCAAGCUUCCUCUUAAACUGGACACUGAUGCUUCAAUCGGUGGCAUUGGCGCAGUGUUGUCUCACAUUAUGCUGAAUGGGGAUGAGCGCCCCAUUGAGUUCAUCUCCCGGACCCUGUCACCGGCCGAGAGGAAUUACGCUCAAGUGGACAAAGAGGCCCUGGCCAUAGUGUGGGCCAUAAAGCGCCUACAUAUUUACUUGUAUAUGAGACAGUUUACCUUGGUGACAGAUCAUCGUGCGCUGGUUCGUAUAUUUGGCGAUAAGCCAAUUCCAGAGAUGACUGCCGGUAGGUUAACUAGGUGGGCUUUAUUCCUUAUGAAUUACCAGUAUGACAUUCAAUAUCGUAAUACCAAGGAUCAUGCUAACGCUGAUAUGUUAUCCAGGCUGCCAAAAUCGGUAACACACCCUGUGAGGGAGAGAGACGAGUUUGGUGAUAUGUUCGCACUGACUAUGAGCGAGACUUUACUCAAUGCUGAGUUAGUGGCGAACGACACUCGUAAGGACCCGAUUCUGAGCAGAGUUUUGGAAUACACUCUGAAUGGUUGGUCGAAGAAUCUGAAAUGUGACGGUGAUCUCAAAGCUUUCUGGACUAGAAGAGACGAGUUGAGCCAUGAACUUGGAUGUUUAACUUGGGGAGCCCGUGUCGUGAUUCCCGCUAAACUGAGAAGCACUGUAAUGGAUAUUCUGCACGCCACUCACAUUGGAGUAACAGGUAUGAAAUCCUUGGCCAGAUCUUACGUUUACUGGCCACGUCUUGACACACAAAUCGAGGAUACUGCUCGGACGUGUGAGACAUGCGCCAAGUAUGGUAAGAACAUGACUAAAGUCGUUGACCACCCCUGGGCUAAAACCAGUGCACCUUUCCAAAGAGUACACGCUGACUUUGCGGGCCCAUUCCUGGGCAGCAUGUGGCUAUUAUUAGUAGACUCUUACAGCAAGUGGCCUGAAGUUGUUCAAAUGAACACAAAUACAACAUCUAGUGCUACAAUACGUGCUUUUAGAUCCAUAUUCUCUCGUACAGGUAUUCCAAUCUGUCUGGUAACGGAUAACGGACCACAGUUCGUGUCGGAUGAAACUGAGGGAUAUCUGAAAUCCUGUGGUAUAAAGCACGUGACUGUUCCGACGUAUUCUCCCAAAUCAAACGGAAUCUGCGAACGACUUGUUCAGUCGUUUAAAUCCGCCCUGAAAAAGAUGUCUGUAACCAGUAAGGACGUGUGCAAGAAUCUGAAUGAUUUUCUGCUAACUUACCGCAACACACCCCAUUCGUCUACUGGUCAAACACCAGCUGUGUUAGCGUUCAACAGAACUCUGCGAUCUAAACUACACCAAAUCAAACCAACCGAUCGGAUGAGGGAGCAGGAAUUGCAAUCUGAGAAACUGCAAGUUGCAAUUAACGAACACCCCAGAACUCGAGAGUUCCGGGAAAAUCAGCUCAUUUUCGCCAAAAUGGACGACAAAAGCCACUGGGAACAAGCUAGAGUAAUCAAAAGACUCGGUGAUAAUUCGAACAAUUACGUGGUCCAACACGGAGACAGGAUUGUAAAGAAAAACGCUGACGCAAUAAAACCACGACACACCCCCGUUAUAAGGAUGGAACGAAAAGCAAUCACUAGUCCGCAAAAACGCUGUUAA